UGGCAAAGGAGGUUCUGCAGGGUGCUGAUCAUGAAGUAAGCCAAAAUGACUGUGAAAUUCAUUUUUCUUCCACCUCUGCUCUUGGCUUUCUGCUUUGCAACAGGGAGUGAGCGGGAAGGGACAGCAGCGUCACAAGGCUCUAACUUCUCCUGCGUGGACCUGGAUCGCUUCUAUGACCACACUAUUUGGUCACGGCUGGAAUCUGUUAAUCAUUUGUUCUGCCCUUUGGAUAAUCAGAGCCUGCAGCUCCUUCAGUCUGUCUCUGACUUUGAUGUCCUGUGGAGCAAAGACUGUCAACCGCUUCACUCCAUUCCCUCAGGCCACCUGCACAGCACAUUGCGGAACACAACUGCAUACCUCACCUUUGAAAACCCAAACGCCGGUGAUGCUGGCAUCUACACUUGCACACUGUACUUGAAUGGUCAAAGAAACGCCUCCUUUACUGUCCAGCUGAACAUGGCAGAUCUAUGCAAGGUGUUUCCCAAGUUCCUCAAUCCUUCUUACAACAUGACUUUGGAGAGAGCUUUGGGAAGUCAGUUAACACUGAACUGCACUGUACAGCUACCGUUCAGUAUGGGCUGUGACUUUGGCCUACACUGGAUGAAAGAUAACCACUGGUUAGACAAUGAGACCCAUGCUUCUUCAAAAAAUUGGUUAAAUGACAAUGCAACAGAAAUAUUUGUCUCCAGCUCUUUAGAGGUCAAUAUGACUGGUGAAGAAAACUAUGGAGUUUUUGCCUGUUUGGUUAGAAACAACUCAGCUGUUUUUACACUACAAAAAUCAGCAGAGACUGCUGGGCAUUUGGGUGCUGUUCUUGCUGCACUUGUCAUUGUGGCACUGCUGCUGUUCACAACUGUGAUAUAUGUGAAGUGCCGUCUGAAUGUGCUGCUCUGGUAUCGGAACCAUCAUGGAGAACUGGAGAUUAAUGAUGGAAAGCUGUAUGAUGCCUACGUGUCUUAUGCUAACUCUACAGAUGACAGAAAGUUUGUCAACUUCAUAGUGAAGCCACACCUGGAGAAUCGCUAUGGCUACAAGCUCUUUUUAGAUGAUAAGGACAUUCUGCCCAGCUCAGAACCCUCUGCAGAUCUGAUCAUGAAUGUCAGCCGGUGUCGACGCCUCAUUGUGGUUCUCUCUAAUGCAUACCUGGAACAUGAGUGGUGUAACAAUAAUUUCAGGGAAGGUCUUUGGAGGCUGCUGGAACUGUCUCGAAGGCCAAUCUUCAUUGCUUUUGAGAGCCAGUAUCGGGAAAUAGCACAUCCGGCCAUUAGUUUGCUGAAACAGCACAAGAGUGCCGUAACCUUGCUGAUGUGGCGUGCUGGUUCUAUGGUGCCUUCAUCUGAUUUCUGGAAGGAACUGUGCCUCAGCCUCCCACGGAAAGUCUCCUACCAAGGCCUCAGGGGAGACCCACAAACCUACCUCCAGGAAGACAAGGACCCCAUGUUGAUCCUGAACAGUAACUACCUGGAUUUCCGGGGAGAUUCCCAUCCUGAAGGAGAUGCUGGUGUCCGAGGGCCUAUUUUCAAAGGCCCCCCAGUGCCUCGUAUAACUGGCCCUGAUGGUCCACCAUGUGGUGCAGUGGAAGAAUUACAACUUGGGGAAAACCAGAGGAGUGAGAUAGACAUCUCUGAUUUGGGAUCUCGCAACUAUGGAGCAAGGACAGACUUCUACUGCCUCGUGACAGAAGAUGAUAUAUGAGAUACUGGGAUAUUCUUGAGAAACUCACACACUUUCUUAGAAUCAUGUUCUUUGACAAAGAUAAUCUGCUCCACUUGUUUUCUUUAAUUCAAAACAACUGCAUGGAGACCACAUGGCUAUGUCCUGGGCCUGACUUUCUUCAUCUUCAAGACUUCAAUGAUUCCUUUCAUAGGAGAAUUAGAUGAAGGGAUAAAGGGAAAUCCAUCAACAUUUCAGAUAUUACCAAGCCAGAGGGGAUAAGAUGAAUACCUCAGAUAGGUAUAAAAUUCAAAAUAACUUCAAUAGAAUGAAGAGCUGGUAGAAACUAACAAAAUCAUAAUCAGUUAUAAAGUUCUGUAUUUAGGCAAUAGCAAUCCAGAUGUGCAGACAGUGGACACCUGGAGUGGCAGUAGUAAAUUUGAAAAGGCUGUUGGGGUUGUGGUCACUCAUAAGCUCAACAUGGAUCAAUGUGAAGUCUAAGGCUUUCAUGGCCAGCAUCCAUUUUGUGUGUGUGUGGGGGGGGUGUUGGUCUAUGUGGCCAUCCUCUGGAAGAAUUUAUUCCUGGCAUUUCG